CGGGGUUUAGAGCAGUCUUCAAGAGAGCGCCGACGCCUGCACUUACACACACUCACACUCAGACACACGCGCGCGCACACACACCCACACCCACACACACACGAUGGCAGUGUAAACUUCAAGUCCGUAGAGAGUCAGGACACGGCGCUAUGACUGGAGUAUUCGACAGAAGGAUUCCUAGUUUCAAGCCUGCAGAUUUCCAGAACGCCUUUCAGCUUUCCGCCAUGCAUCACCCGUCUCAGGAAUCUCCCACUCUUCCCGAGUCUACAGCCACGGAUUCAGGCUACUACAGCCCCGCAGGAGGGGUUCACCACGGCUACUGUUCACCCAACUCCAGCUCGUAUGGGAAACCUCUGAAUAGCUAUCCGUACCAGUAUCACGGAGCCAAUGGACCUGCUGCUGGAAACUAUUCCGCGAAAUCUUACGCUGACUAUGGCUCGUACCCGACUUCUGCCUACCAUCAUCAAUAUGCCGGAACGUACAGCAGAGUGCAAUCACAGCCGAGCCCGCAAGAGAAAGAGACUGUCGAGCCAGAAAUAAGAAUGGUCAAUGGAAAACCCAAGAAAGUCCGCAAACCGCGCACAAUUUACUCCAGUUUCCAGCUGGCGGCUUUGCAGAGGCGCUUUCAGAACACUCAGUACCUCGCGCUGCCGGAGAGAGCCGAACUGGCCGCGUCUCUGGGGCUCACACAGACACAGGUGAAAAUCUGGUUUCAAAACAAAAGGUCUAAACUGAAGAAGAUCAUGAAGAACGGAGAUCUGCCUCCCCCGGAGCACAGCCCCAGUUCCAGCGACCCGAUGGCGUGUAACUCCCCUCAGUCUCCGGUCGUGUGGGACUCACAGGCUCCUUCCAGACCUCACCACCAAGCCCAAAAUAUCAACACAGCCACCUCCUCGUUUUUGGAAAACACCGGCUCUUGGUUUUCCUCCGCCGGUCCGGUGAAUUCCCAUCUCCAGGCCCCCAAUUCGUUACAACACUCUCUGGCUCUCGGAUCAGGAACGUUGUACUGAAAUUUGUGUUAAUACUCGGUUGUAUCGGACUGAUGUUUAAUUUUUUUCCUUUCUGAAGAAUAUGCAAUGUACUGAUUUGACAGUCACAGAAAAAAAACGUGUAUAAUGUGUAAAUGUGUGCAUGUAAUUUAUUUGCAUUUGGAAGACUUAUUAAAUGUUUUUCAUGGACUACAGACCCACACAUUCUCAAUGGUGCCUUAAAUUGAAACCUCAACGCUUGUCAUACCUGGACGUGCCAUAUAUUUAAGAGCAACGUACAAUAAAUAUAGGAAUUACGUGUUUUCUCUUUAAAUUUA